UCUCUGUCAACGAAAUAUCAAAAUAUAAAUUUCUCUUGCCUUUAUGACUCGGCAUUUAAAAAAAACUAAAUUAUUAAUUAAAUUCCUUACUAAAAAUUAACAUAAUCAAAUAAAAAAUAUAAACCAUUAAAAAUGCAUCUACAAAAAUGUGCCCGUCUCACAACCUGUGCUAACCUAUUUCGUAACUUUUCCACAACCGGCAGUCAAAAUGCUUCUCCAAAAACUGCCAUCCUAAUGUUAAACAUGGGUGGCCCCCAAACAACCGAUCAGGUUCAUGAUUACCUCCAUCGAAUCAUGACUGACAGAGAUAUGAUCCAAUUGCCAGUGCAAAGUAAAUUGGGUCCAUGGAUUGCCCAACGCAGAACUCCGGAAGUUCAAAAGAAAUACAAAGAAAUCGGUGGCGGAUCACCGAUUUUGAAAUGGACCAAUUUACAGGGUGAUCUGAUGUGCAAGGAGUUGGACAAGAUUUCACCUGAAACAGCUCCACACAAGCAUUAUGUUGGAUUCCGUUAUGUGAAUCCAUUGACUGAGAAUACAUUGGAGCAAAUCGAAAAAGAUGCUCCAGAAAGAGUUGUCCUCUUCUCGCAGUAUCCUCAGUACAGUUGUGCUACUUCUGGUUCUAGUUUUAAUUCAAUUUUCUAUCAUUUUAAGAAUAAAGCAUUUCCAUCAAACAUCAAAUGGAGCAUCAUCGACAGAUGGGGCUCUAAUCCGCUUCUUGUAAAAACAUUCGCCGACAGAAUUCGUGAUGAACUUAAUAAGUUUGUCGAGACUAAACGAAAUGAUGUAGUUAUUCUAUUUACUGCCCAUUCGUUGCCUUUGAAAGCUGUUAAUCGAGGAGAUCCAUAUCCAUCGGAAAUUGGAGCUUCUGUUCAUAUGGUUAUGAAUGAGUUGGGAUCGAAAAAUCCCUAUGCUCUAGCAUGGCAGUCGAAAGUUGGUCCAUUGCCGUGGUUGGCACCGGCUACAGAUGAUGCUAUUAAAGGCUAUGUCAAACAAGGAAGAAAAAAUUUCAUCCUAGUACCAAUUGCUUUUGUUAAUGAACAUAUUGAGACUUUGCAUGAACUUGAUAUUGAGUAUUGUGAUGAACUAGCUAAAGAGGUUGGUGUUGAGGAAAUGCGACGUGCAGCUGCACCCAACGAUCAUCCACUCUUUAUCAACGCUCUCAGCAGCAUUGUAGCAAAUCAUUUAAAAAGUGAUAUGCAAAUUAAUCCAAAAUUCUUAAUGCAAUGUCCACAGUGCGUGAAUCCACGUUGCAAGGAAAGCAAGAAAUGGUACAAACAAAUUUGUUCCUAAUUUUAAGAAUUCAAAAAAUAUAAAAAAACGUUAAAUUCGUAUAAGAACGAAAAAAAAGGUAAAUGUCCGGAUAUUUUGCAAUAAAAAAAAAAAAAACGGUUGUCUUAUUAAAAUUU